AUGGUAGACUCAUCGCUGUCUGAACAAACACAAGAAGGGCGCUUUUCGAAGUUGUCACCCCAAGAUGCUUCCCGUGCAAGAUCGCCAUCGGCUGUGCGGGUUCAUGCUGAGUUCGCGUCGAUCACCGAUUUGCCGGCAGAACUUGAUUUAACUCUUCAAAGGGCUAUCAUUGUCUGUGUGCUAGUGUUCGUCUACACGAUGUAUCGGAUGUGUGUUGCAAUGGACCAAAUGCAAGCAUUGGCACAAGAAUCAAUGAUUCAGCAACGCCAACAAUAUGAAUUGCUGAAGAAAGUUUUGGAUAAGUUUGGAAGCAGAUAA